AUGACAAAGAAAAGGAACAACGGUCUCGCCAAAAAGGGCCACAGCCAUGUGCAGCCUAUUCGCUGCAUGAACUGUGCCCGACUCGUGCCCAAGGACAAGGCUAUUGAGAAAUUUGUCAUUCGAAACAUAGUGGAGCCCGCAGCAGUCAGGGACAUUUUUGAAGCGAGCAUCUUCAAUGCCUCUGUGCUUUCCAAGCAGUAUGUGAAGCUACAUUACUGUGUGAGUUGUGCAAUUCACAGCAAAGUAGUCAGAAAUCAAUCUCAUGGAGGCUUCAAGGACCCAACACCCCCACCCUGAUUUAGACCUGUGGGUGCUGACCCAUGACCCCCACCAAAGCCCAUAUAAGGAGCUGAGUCCUUAAAGACUGAAGACAGACUAUUCUCUGGAGAAAAAUAAAA